AUGUCCAACAUUGCAGAGACUCCCAAGCACACAGAACCCACCAGCGCUGUGGCCCACCAACCUUUGACUCCAACUACCGCUACGACUCCUGCCGUCGUUGCUCACAGGACACCCUCGCUCGAAAAGGAUCACUCCAACGACCAUGGAUUAGAGGAAAAGAAACUACGCUCGUCGUCGAGCGUUCAUUCGGUCGACCGCGCAGCGGAGCUUGAUGCAAAGGAAGAGCGUGACAUCGAGGAACAGAAGACCCGCAGACGCACGCUUUGGAAAAAAAUUCGUCCUUUCUUCCUUGCUGCACUUGCGCUCCUUAUUCUUGGCUGGUGGAUCUCUGCAACGAUUUUACCCGCUACCCGCCAUCGCUGGAUCGUGCAGACGCUCUUUGCCUGGUUCUUUAUCCUGGUCAUCGCUUUUCGAUUUAUCCCGAACUCGGUGGUAACGCGGCCCAUUGAAGCAGUCUGGCAUCCCUUGGUAGAGAAACCCUUCUUCGCACUCCCCCACCGAGCCCGCCUUGGCCUUGGAUGGGCAGCGCUUGUGGCUAUCAUGGUUGGUUCGGCCUUUGGAUUCCCUCUUCCCUCGGGUUCUUCCUAUGCAGACCGUGCCAUUUCGGUCGUCGGCGUCAUCUUCUUCCAGUCUAUCCUCUACAUUUCGUCGCAUAACCGACGGGCGGUUCCAUGGGCGACGAUUAUCGUGGGCCUUUUCAUGCAACAGGUGAUCGCACUAUUCGUGCUCAAGACGGGCGCUGGACAAUCCAUCUUUACGUGGAUUGCAACACUUGCUAGCGAUUUCCUUGGCCAGGGUCCUACAGCAGCCAUCUUCUUCUUCGACGCCGAAACCAUCGGUAAACAUUGGUUCUUUGUCAACGUGUUGAGCAGCAUCAUCUUCUUCAUUGCAUUUGUCCAAAUGCUGUACUACACCGGAGCGAUGCAAUGGAUGAUCGCAAAGUUUGCCUGGUUCUUCUACAAGACGAUGAAUGUUUCCGGUGCCGAGGCUGUCGUUGCUGCGGCUUCCCCAUGGGUCGGACAGGGUGAGAGCGCGUGCCUCGUCAAACCCUAUGUGGAUAUCAUGACCGACUCGGAAAUCCAUCUCGUUAUGACAUCUGGUUUCUCUACCAUUGCUGGUAGCGUUUUGGGUGCCUACAUUGGCCUCGGUGUCGAUGCUCGGAUUUUGGUCACUUCCUCGGUCAUGUCGAUUCCAGCCUCCAUCUCCAUCUCCAAGAUGCGCUACCCAGAAGAGGACGAACCUGUCACCCGCGGCCAUGUUGUUGUCGAUCGGGGAACAGAAGAUAAAGCUGGUCGCCCUGCCAAUCUCCUCCAUGCCUUUUCUCGUGGUGCCAUCUUUGGUCUCGUCGUCGCCGGUCAGAUUCUUGCCAACGUGCUGACCAUUCUCGCUCUCGUUUACACCAUCAAUGGACUGCUCACCUGGAUCGGACGUGGCUUCGGCAUUACUCAGUUGACGAUCCAGCUCGUCGUCGGCUACAUCCUCUACCCAAUCACCUUCUUCAUGGGCGUCCCCCGUGGAGAGAUUUACCGCGUGGCCAAGUUGCUUGCUACCAAGUUGGUAGCCAACGAGUUUGUGGCCUAUCUCGAGCUCAAGGCAAUUCGUGAAAGUGCAAGCCCCCUCAGUGUGCGUGCAGAGAUCAUCGCCAGCUACGCGCUCUGCGGAUUUGCAAAUCUCGCAUCACUUGGUAUCCAGAUUGGUGUGCUCAGCUCCCUUGGUCCUGCAAGGGGCAAGAGUAUCGCACGUUUGGCACCGAGUGCAAUGCUCUGUGGUUUCUUGUCCACCAUGCAGGCGGCAGGUAUUGCCGGCAUGCUGGUGUAA